UGAAUGAAGCGUCAUCCUUUUCGCCUGCUGCCGUGGACCAGGCUUCCUUUAGCUAAUCGCGGCCUGUCUCUCUCUUCAGUAAUUUGGCUUGAAAGCCGCGCUGAGAUUGAAUAGAAACCGUUCGCAUAUUUGGUUGCUUGCAUAAAGCUCACAAAUGUUGCGCAAAAUAUUCUGUUCGUCCUUGCCGACUUGUGUUCUGCUAAUGUAUGGACUACAUCUCGCAGCCGCCGGUUUGGUGAAUGAUGAGGUGAAACGAACAGUGGACUUGAGUACCCACCUUGCUAAGAUAUCUGCCGAAAUUCUUUUGGCAAAUGAAGGAGACUCCGCUGUCAACAGCUUUGUUGUGGCUCUUGAGCCUGAGCUAGCUCCACAUCUGGCAUAUGUUGGCGCUUCGGUGAAGGCAAAGGCAGAUGAUGAGAAUGAUGGACACCUUGAGUUGUCAGAGACUACCAUGCCUGGUCAGAGUGGCAAGUUCUUCAAGGUGGGCCUUCCGUCGUCGCUGGCGGCGGGCGCCAAGCUGCGUGUGAAGGUGGAGACGGUGCUGAGCCACGUGCUGCGGCCCUUCCCCACCCAGAUCACCCAGGCCGAGCGGCAGCUGGUGGUCUUCCAGGGCAACCACUACCUCUUCUCCCCCUACCCCACGCGCUCCCAGAGCAGCAAGGUGCGCCUGGCCUCCAAGACCGUGGAGACCUACACCAAGCUGGGCAACCCCAGCAAGAGCGAGGAGGUCAUCGAGUACGGGCCCUUCCGUGACGUCGCCGCUUUCAGCCAGGACACCAUGAAGAUCCACUAUGAGAACAACAGCCCCUUCCUGACCAUCAGCAGCAUCACGCGCAUCAUCGAGGUGUCGCACUGGGGCAACAUCGCUGUGGAGGAGACCAUCGACCUGAGGCACACCGGAGCCAUCCUCAAGGGGCCCUUCUCCCGCUACGACUACCAGAGGCAGUCCGACAGUGGCAUCUCCUCCGUCAAGUCCUUCAAGACCAUCCUCCCUGCCUCAGCUCAGGAUGUGUACUACCGGGAUGAGAUCGGCAACAUCUCCACCUCCCACCUUCAGGUGCUGGAGGACUCUGUGGAGGUGGAGGUGAGGCCUCGCUUCCCCCUCUUUGGAGGCUGGAAGACCCACUACAUCAUCGGCUACAACCUGCCCAGCUAUGAGUACCUCUACACUCUGGGUGACCAGUAUGCCCUGAAAAUGCGUUUUGUGGACCAUGUUUACGAUGACCAGGUGAUCGACUCUCUGACUGUGAAGCUCAUUCUUCCAGAGGGAGCAAGGAACAUCCACAUGGACACGCCCUACUCUGUGGAGCGGGACACCGACCAAUUGCACUACACCUACCUGGACACCUUCGGCCGGCCCGUACUGGUGGCCACCAAGAACAACAUGGUGGAGCAGCACAUCCAGGACAUGGUGGUGCACUACACCUUCAAUAAGAUCCUGAUGCUGCAGGAGCCUCUGCUGGUUGUGGGGGCCUUCUACAUCCUCUUCUUCACCGUCAUCAUCUACGUGCGCCUCGACUUCUCCAUCACCAAGGACCCGGCUGCUGAGGUGCGCAUGAAGGUGGCCUCCAUCACGGAGCAGGUGCUGACGCUGGUCAACAAGCGCCUGGGCCUGUACCGCCACAUGGACGAGGUGGUCAACCGCUACAAGCAGACGCGCGAUGCGGGCGCGCUCAACGGGGGCCGGAAGACCCUGGAGGCCGACCACCGCACCCUCACCAACGACAUCAACUCCCUGCAGGCCCGCCUCAAGGCAGAGGGCUCCGACCUGGCAGAGAAGGUGGCGGAGGUGCAGAAGCUGGACGGCCAGGUGAAGGACCUGGUGUGCCGGGCGUCCCAGGAGGCCGAGCGUCUGGUGGCCGGCAAGGUGAAGAAGGAGGCCUACGUGGAGAACGACAAGGGCCUCUCCGCCAAGCGCCAGGACCUGGUGUCCCGCAUCGACAGACUCCUGGACGCGCUCUAAACCACCAGCCAGCCAGCCAGGAAAUCCAGCCCAGACACCCAGUAACCCACCACACAUACAUACACAUCCGUGCCCAGAAAAAAAACACGCCUGCCAGCCCAUCGCAGCUUUGUUACAUGAACAUCAAGACCUGGUGUCCAUCAUCGACAGACUCCUGCACGCACUCUAAACAUCAAGCAGCCAGAGGUGCGUUUCUCAAAAGCAACUUACUUGGUAACAGUGCAAAUUUUCCAUUGGCAAACUAUUAAGGUGCUGGUCCCUGUUUCUCGAAAGCAUCGUUAUUAACCACUUAUUAGGUUGCCAGUGGAAAACUGCAUUUGCAACCAAAUAAGUUGCUACCUUAGAUAGAAAUGGGGUCCAGAUAGCUAGCCAGCCAGCGAGCGAGCGGUCCACGACACAUACACACACAUACGUGGCCACUGGCCAGAGAAACAUGUCCUCAAGCCAGCCCAUCGCAGCUUUGUUACUAGAACACCAAGUUCCCUGCCCACCCCCCUGUGCCCCUACCCCUACCCAGCACAAUAUGCUUUUGAUAGCUCUUGGGACAUGCGUCAUUGGACUCUAUGGGCUAACUCCUGCUCAGCUGACCGCCGUACAUACAUACAUACAUACACAAAAUGCAGAGGCUGUGAGAGGGCAGGCAGCGCAGGCUAAUCGUGGGGUGGAGAUGUGUAUACAUGCUUUGUGUGAAGGUAUAUAAAUGUCCCUGUGCUAUUGUAGGGCAACCAUGUCUGUUUGUUCAAAUUGAGGUUUCCAGGUUGCUGUUUUUUUUUUGUUUUCUUUUUUUUCUAUUCACUGAAUGUUGGUAAGAACUUUUAUGCUGUGAGAAUCUGCGGGCGUUGAAGAUUCCCCCUCUGCACACUACUGGUGCCCCCUGCGACCUUGCCCUGGUGUCCAAGGUCACAGUAACCUCAAAGCACUGAUCGAUAAAGCAAUUAUUCCAACCAACCAACCAACAAACCAAUCAGAUUUCAGUUUUAACGUCCCUGUUUUUUUUGUUUUGUUUUUUGUUGCUUCUAAAAAUGCUUUUCAUGUGUAUUUUUUUAUGAUUUUCACAUUUUUGUUUUGUAAAUGAUGUUUGUCCUUCAGACGAGAGAUUAGUGACUGCGUGAGAUUUGGGACUUAUGCAUGUGGAGACGCAACAGGAUACUGAGACACUUUUGUCUCCCACUAAAAAAAAAAAAGAAAGAAAUUCCAGUGGCUGAAGAUACAAUUUUGCAAUAAAAAACAAUCUGUUUGAA